AUGGCCCUAUCGAAUUCAGCGACAGUUGGUGUAGUCAUAGCAAUCUUCUGCGUUGUACUCAUCAUUGCAGUCGCCCUUUACCACUACUACGUCGAUCGUCGUUGCAAGCAAAAUGGUACAUCCAAGGCAGCAACACCGUCAUCUCCUACUGGCUCUGGUUCCCCGACACCUCAUCUACAACAGCUUCUGGGCAAUCAGAAUCCACAGCAUCAGCAAGAGCAUACGCGUCCAAGCCUAGAGAACGGACCCGGUCCAACUUGGGUCGCGACAGCUGAGCCCCAUGCUUCUCCGUUCCGUACAAUUAGAGCAGUACCAGCUACUCCUAAGACGUCCUCCACGAGUGCCAUGCGUCCUGUUACUGGGGAAUUGGACAAGCGGAGUAGUCUGCACCAGGCGGUCUUGGGUGAGUACAAGUCACGGUCGGAGGAACAACAGUGA